AUGGGUAGCAGACAGUAUAAGAACAAGCAAGCUGCUCCACCAAGUUUGGAUGAGUUCCAAGCGAGAAAAUCCAAGAAAUCCGACAAAACGCAUACGAAGGGCAAGAGAAAGCCUGAAGUCCAUGACAAGAAGUCUCAUCAUAAAUCCAAGCGUAGAACUGACGGUGACGAUGAACGCAAGGCCAAAAGAGUAAAAUCUGAGAAAAAAGUGACCAAAACACCCGAGGCAGAGGCAGAAGUGGAAGAAGAACAAGAACAAGAAGUCGACCAAGUAGAAAAUAAAGAAGAGAGUAAUAAGCCAAAGUUUCAUAGCAAAGAUGUGAACGAAGACGAACUUCCCGAAGUGGAUCUCGAAGCUCUUUCGAAAUCCAAAAAGUCACUUUUCGACGACAACGACGAUGAAGAUGCCGAAAACAGUGAGGACGAAAUCGAUGAAGACCUCCAGGACGAGUUUGAUCUAGAACAGGAAUUCGAGGGCGAGGACGACGGCGAAGAGAAGGAACGUCCUUUUUUCUCGGACGAAGAGGAUGAAGGCAUGGAAGAAUUGAACGCUGCCAACAUGGAAGCGCUUUCUGCGAAGCUGGACGAAGAACAAGCUCUGGAAGAUGAAGAGGCUGAGGCUGAGCUUGUUGAAUCGGGUCUGGUACAGCCAAGGGCUCAAAUUUUGCCCACUCAGGAAGAGGAAGAAGCCUUAGCCGGUCAACCUACCGACCUGAACGCUGUGCGGACCCGUAUGCUUGAAAUUGUGAAGGUUCUCGAAGACUUUAAAAACCUUGCAGCUGAAGGACGUUCUAGAAGCGAGUAUGUGGACCGUUUGGUAAAGGAUCUAUGCGAAUAUUUUGGAUACACUCCUUUCCUUGCCGAAAAGCUAUUCAACCUCUUCUCACCUACCGAAGCUCUUGAGUUUUUCGAAGCCAACGAAAUUGCCAGACCCAUUACCAUCAGAACCAACAGUUUGAAAACAAGAAGAAGAGAUUUGGCUCAAACCCUGGUAAAUCGCGGUGUCAACUUGCAACCCAUUGGAUCCUGGACCAAAGUUGGGCUUCAGAUUUUUGAUUCCCAAGUUCCAAUCGGUGCUACACCUGAGUAUUUGGCUGGUCAAUAUAUUCUGCAAGCGGCAUCUUCGUUUCUACCCGUAAUUGCCCUCGAUCCGCACGAGAAUGAAAGAAUUCUUGAUAUGGCUGCUGCACCUGGAGGUAAAACGACCUACAUUUCGGCUAUGAUGAAAAACACAGGCUGCGUUUUCGCAAACGAUGCCAACAAAGCGAGAACUAAGUCUCUCAUUGCUAAUAUCCACCGUUUAGGUUGCACUAAUACAAUCGUUUGCAAUUACGAUGCACGCGAAUUUCCAAAGGUCAUUGGAGGAUUCGAUAGAAUUUUAUUGGAUGCACCAUGCUCUGGUACAGGAGUUAUUGGAAAAGAUCAAUCGGUAAAGGUUAAUCGUACUGAAAAGGACUUCAUGCAAAUUCCACAUCUUCAGAAACAGCUACUGCUUUCAGCAAUCGACUCGGUCGAUGCCAAUUCAAAAACUGGUGGUAUAAUCGUUUACUCUACUUGUUCUGUUGCAAUCGAAGAGAACGAAGCUGUUGUUGAUUACGCUCUCAGGAAGAGACCUAAUGUCAAAUUAGUUGAUGCUGGAUUGGCUAUUGGUAAAGAAGCAUUUGUCAGUUACAGGGGCAAGAAAUUUCAUCCCAGCGUCAAAUUGGCAAGAAGGUAUUAUCCCCACGUAUACAACGUUGAUGGGUUCUUCGUAGCUAAAUUUAAGAAGGUCACUUCUUCUAAACAUGACGAUAAUCAAGCAGAUGCAAAGGAAAAGGAGAGAGCUGCCAGAUUGGAGGCUGUGGAAGAAGGCCUUAUCCAUGACGACUUUGCCGACUUUGGUAAUGACGAAGAUGAAAAGUAUAUUCAGAAGUCAAGAAAAAUCGGUCUCCUCAAAAAGGGUAUCGACCCCAAGGCCAAAAAUAACAAUGUUAGAAAAUAA